AUACGUCAUUACGUCGUUGGAACCUUCAGCUGUCAGACUUUGGCCACCCUAAAAGUGGAGGUUUUGUUAGCAAACUAACUCGAACUGUUCAACCCGCGCAGACUUUAUUUAAAGUUGUGCAUCCAUCUGCGGAUUGAUCUUUGAACGCGCCAGCUGGUGAUUGUAGCACUGAGAUUGCACGAAGACGAACUGUUUAGUUUUAAUCGCUGCUAGUUUUUGCACAAGCCAGCGAUCCUGAGCGGGUGUAAGGCUAGAUGCAGGGAGGGAGGGAGUAAAAAAAGGCAAAAGUCUUUGUGCUUCCCUUCCCCCUCAUCAAAGCAAAGGGGAAAUGUCUCUGUCUAAAGGAGGGAAGAAGAAGAACCCUGGGCUGAAGCUGGCCAAAGAAGUGUUUGCACAGCCCCCCCCAGCAGCAGCAGCGCCGCCUAGAGAUCUUGACUCGAAAGCUUGCGUCACAAUCGGAGACCAGAACUUUGUGGUGAAGGCAGAUGACUUGGAGCAGAUUGGAGAGCUGGGCAGGGGGGCGUACGGCGUGGUCGACAAGAUGAAACAUGUGCCCAGCGGUGUUAUCAUGGCUGUCAAGAGGAUUCGUGCCACCGUCAACACGCUGGAGCAGAAGAGGCUUCUGAUGGACUUGGACAUUUCUAUGAGGACAGUGGACUGCUUCCACACCGUCACAUUCUACGGUGCCCUCUUCAGAGAGGGGGAUGUCUGGAUCUGCAUGGAGCUGAUGGACACGUCUCUGGAUAAGUUCUAUAAGAAAGUUAUCGAGAAAGGCAAAGACUUCCCAGAGGACAUCCUGGGCAAGAUCACAGUAGCAAUUGUCAAGGCAUUAGAUCAUCUGCACAGUAACCUGUCAGUGAUACACAGAGAUGUGAAGCCCUCCAAUGUUCUGAUCAACACUCAGGGCCAAGUGAAAAUGUGUGACUUCGGCAUCAGUGGCCACCUGGUCGACUCGGUGGCCAAAACAAUGGACGCAGGCUGCAAGCCCUACAUGGCGCCUGAGCGGAUCAACCCCGACCUCAACCAGAAAGGCUACAGUGUCAAGUCAGACAUAUGGAGUCUUGGUAUCACCAUGAUUGAACUGGCCAUAUUGAAAUUCCCCUACGACUCAUGGGGAACCCCGUUCCAGCAGCUCAAACAGGUGGUGGACGAGCCGUCCCCACAGCUGCCUGCCGACCGUUUCUCCCCAGAGAUGGUGGACUUCAUCUCCCAGUGCUUAAGAAAGAAGCCAAAUGAGAGACCAGCUUAUACAGAAUUAAUGCAACAUCCAUUUCUCACCCUGCAUGACUCCAAAGACACAGACGUGGCCAGUUUUGUCAAGAUCAUCCUCAAAGACUGAGGGCCCCCUCCAGGCCCCGGCCCAUCAGGCUAGGCCGGACCUGUUAGCAACCAAACCAAUGGCCUACCUUUUCUCUUUUUCUUUUUUAAAAACUCACUGGAAUGACUCUCACACACAACAGGCGGGCGACCCAAAGACUGACAGCAGCACUGGAGAGAGAGAGAGAUAGAUAGAUAGAUAGAGAGAGUGGUGGUAAUAUGAACUCAUACAGUUAAAUCCAACUGGAGAGGUUUAAUUCGCUCCUCCAAGCUUCCUGUGUGUGCAAUUAUUCAACUUGGCAAAUAGGAACUGAACCAGAUUUUUUUUUUUGCCCCACUGCCCAUUUUUAUCUCUCUCUUCAGAACGGACAGAGCCAGCCAUCAUUUCUUUGUGACACAUAUUGUAUGAAUACUUUGAAUUUCAUCUGCAAAAAACCAACAGUUAAUGUGUAUGGUGUUGUGUAUUGAAAGCUAUAUUUGCAUAUGCGUUUGUAUGUUUCUCAUUAUACAGACUUUUGAUACUGUAUAUCACCGACAAGUGUGAAUUUUACCGGACUAGGGCCUUAUUGUCAUAUCGCAUCAGCUGAACCGUACAACCGGGGUCUGUCCUGAUUGGUCAGUGCAGGGGCUGCUGUCACGGCAGCGCCAUGCUCCUGAGCUGAGACAAACAUGUAACGGUCACAUUCUGGACGGGAGGCAUUUCAUAUCAUUUCUAGAUCUAUUACAAUGUGAGGCGGGAAUGUAAAGCGCCCCGUAACACCUGAUCUGAUUGUGAUCCGGGCUGAGGCCUUUCAUGCAGUGACCCCCCCCUCCCCCUCCGUACUCGUCUUUUUUUUUGGUAUUAACGAAUCGCCUUCACUGCUGCGAUCGUUUCUACCUGAAAGUAUUCAGGGGUUACCUAACCAAGCUCACAGCUUUAUCUCUUUCUCUGUGCCAUUUUGUAAAUCGUUCUCAUGAAUUACUGCAUUAACUGUGUUUUUCCUCUUUGUUCUGGUCUUGCGUUUAGAUUUGAUUUCAGCAGCAUUUAAACGCAUCUCUUUGCCUACUGUUCUUAAUUCUGGAGUCGGCAUAGUCUUUUCAUAUGAGGCACUUACGCUUUCUUUUUUCAGAGAUAUUAUUAUGCAUUACACAGACAGUAUGUUAGGGGAAUAAUUUAUGUGUUGAAGAUGUAAAUACUAUUUCCUUUUUUAAUGUAACAUGGCACUGUCCUUACCUGGCAGUGCAGAUGAGGAGUGGUUGGUAGUAGUCAGUUUUAAUGCACACACACACACACAUUUGUACUCGGCCGGCUGACUAUUAUACACCGAUUUUGGACUGAUGUGCUGUCAGGCUAUACCGCUCAGGUUUCCUCCUUCAUGCGGAGAUGAUCCCAUUUUCUUUUUCCCCAGGUCGUACUCCAGAGCCUCUUUUCAGUCCAAGGCGGGCAGCCAUUUUCUGUUUUGUCUGACCAUACUAUGCAGAGCUUCUUCACCUCGGAUUCACUGCAAGAGGCCCUUGUCAUGUGGCAGUUUCCCCACUUCAAGUGUUCAGAGACUGUGAUGGCGGUGAAAGUGAUGACGGUCAUGCCUAGCACUCAUUGCCUCUGGUUUACACUGUAGUGCAACCUUUAUCAAAAGUCAGUGAGCUAGGAGUAUUUAUGAUUGUGAAUAAUAAGGGAAAGCUAGCAACACCACAAAGAAGCUGCUAUUUUAUUUUGUUUUUCUUUUUAGUCUGCCUUCUUUGGAUGGCCAUUCCCUUGGUGUGUAAAAGUUGUGUUUUUACGCUGGUCACAAUGAGAAUGGAACACUUGCUCUACCUCUUCCUCCUUCACUCUAUUUGCCACCUUGUCAUUGGGUGGGACUGACAAACUUGAACUAUAUGGAAAGACAAAAAAUAAAGGCUUUAUUGUUCAGUA